GCUUGAGCCCCUAUUACUUGCGCCUCUGCCUCGCUCGCCUUGUUUCAUCGCGAUGCCGGUGGAAAUGAGCAGCACAUGGUUGGGCAACUCUGGGAAAGGACAACGCUCAAAGGAUGUGAGGCUCUGUAAAUGGCGGGCUCGAUCUAGUGGGGCGAUCAGAGAUCCUGACAACUUGACAUGACAAGACGCAGCGCUCGGUCAGCCCGCUUGACCGAUCAUCUGUUUACGACGUCCUGAAAUGGUACGGAUGUGAAAUAUGUCUGGAUUCAGAUCUCCUGGUCUUCAGAGAAUUACUACACCAUAUUUGAGGAAUAAAAUAGACACCAAAACAAACCAGGACUAAAUCGCUUAGUAAUGUCUUUUCUGAAGAGCAAAAAGCCUUUCUACAGGCUGCGUCCAGAGUCAAGGCUCUCGCUCGCUUCGUCCACUCCUUCUAAUUUCAGUUCCUCGAGUGAUGAUGAUCCUGAAAAGAGCAUGGCUGUUGCUCUCUUGCGAAAAUAUCGAAGUGAUCAAGGAAAGUCGAAAAAGAGGAAUGACGAUUUCAAAAACGACGACGUCAACGCAGUUUUGCUCGAAUGCCUUGAAACCCCACAGACUAUGUCUCCUGGUCUCAUCAGUGCUUUACUUGGCUAUGGGCACGAUAUCAAUUAUUCUGUUCGUGAGAAAAUAUUUGGCAGGAAGGAAAGUCAACGCACCGACAUUGUGCAGCGGGCCACGGAAAGCCGAGAUUUCCCCUUCAUUAGUUGGAAGCUGCUCAUCGAAAAGGCUGAUCAAAUAGCGCUGAACGAAGCAUUCGACUUUGCCGUUCAGAACAAUAUGGUCGCUAAAGCGGAGAGAUGUCUCCAGAUCGCAGCUUCACCUAACCGAGGACUCUGGCUUAACGCAUCAGAAGCCCUCAUGACAACGGUCGAACUCGCAGCCCAGAACAAGUCAGAGUCGCUGUAUCUCAGGUUGGUCCUUGUUCUUCUGAAAGGAGGCAAUGGGGACGUCAAUUCCACAAUACCAAAGGCCAAGAAAAAAGCUGCAGAGGCUGGUCACACGAUGAUUUCUCAGGUCCUUCUCGAACACUCGCUUUCAAUUCAGUCAAAUUCGCAACACCCUUCAUUCCAGUCAUUUGAUGAGCUGCCUCAGGGGCUUCGUGAUUCCAUUUUACUCGAAGAGACAUCCAAGGGUGUGGUUGAAGCUUGUGACAAAUUCCUUGCACUUCUCAAAAAUUCGAAGUCGAGGAUAGAGAAAUCGAGUUGCGGCACGGUGUUAGCAGAUUUACUUCAACGGUGCUCAAGUAGUGCUGAUUGGAUACCCCCGAAGACUCUGGAAGUAGUGGGAGGCUUACUCCCGAUCAGUUCAUACUGUCCAGAAGUCGACGCUGCGUUUUGUAGGACUCUGAAGAACACAGACCUGACACGCCACGACUCCUACAGAGACGCAGCAGAGCUUCUGGUUCACUCCACUCUCGGAACGACAUUCAACAUUGUUCUGGACAGCAUACCAUUAGGAUCAAAUUUCUGCGAUGAAGAUCUCUGGCGCCUUCAUUGUCUGCUUGAAUGGGGAGCAAGCGGGGAAAGUGUUCACUUGGCUUUGUGUCUGGCUCUCUAUGCUAGAAUAGAAGGGAAUGCCCCCAAACCCGAUGGUUUCAUUCAGACUCUAGUCAAUGCAGAGCUUGAUGUCAAUUUCGAGGAGGGGGAGAUUCUUCGAACUGCAGCCGAUUGCGGGAAUAUCGAAAUUCUUGGUCAACUUCUGGCUCGAGCAAGCCCGGGGACCAAAUCGUUUGCCUUUGCUGUGGCAAUCCUUGCGAGAAACGACGAGAGUUUACUACUUGCUUUAAUUGACCAAUUCAAACCAAGCAAAUCAGAACCUCCCGUUGGUCAAGAAGUGCCAGAUGGAUAUUUCCCCCACCUCUUUGUGUGUCUACAACUAUACCCCAAGUCACGAAAAUUAGUAUACAGUCUGCUGAAAGCAGGUUGCUCUGUGGACGCCGAGAUCGAUUAUUAUCCCUCCGAAGAGUAUUCGGAUGACGUUGAUAGUAUUACUCCAUUGAUAUUCGCUCUCUGUCAAUUAGGUCACGUUGAAGCCGACAAACAAAUCGGGUCCGAUGUGAUUGAUCUUCUGAUCGAAAAAGGAAACGUCAAUUUCCAGACACGGAAAUCGAUGAUAACACCGUUGAUACUUGCGGCAAAAUAUCAAAGGAAAAAGAUUGUUGCCAAGUUGCUUGAAAAGCAAGCUAAACCCUCCUCUAAAGACUUUCUGGAGCGCUCGGCGCUCUUCUACGCUUCUAGGAAUGGAGACCUCUCUUCUGUCAAGGCGCUCCUUCAGGCCGGAGCUCCAGUGGACGACGGGAGUUUGAACGAAGCUGCUAGAGAACUUCACGAUGAUGUCGUCAAGGCUUUGAUUAAGAAAGGACAUACUGUCGACUCCAGAAGCACCAACAAAGAUCAUGAUCAUCGAACGGCGUUGGAGGAAAUGCUGCUAAAGUGUGACGGGAAUGCGGGAUUAUCAAAGAUCGAAGACACCCUUCGCACUCUCACCAAAGGCAAAUUGACAGGCAAAUUGACCGACGAAGACUUCUUCAUGGCACUCAACAACCCUGCCCCGAUAACACUUGUGAAAGCCCUAUUAAAAGUCGGCAUGAAACAGCCACUGAUUGAAGGGGAUUUGUUAUUGGCAGUAUCAGUCGAUCAAUUCAGAUACUCUUACUCGCCUACUAUGUACAUUCGACAUGGCCUAAGUUCCUCGCCUGUUGAGAUGCAAGAUGGACUCCUAGCUGAGAUAAUUGGGAACAAAGGGGUAGACCGGUUCAAUGCGCAAGAGAUCGUGGUGCAGCCAGCAGGCUAUACAGGUGCACAUCCGAGGAUUCGAUUGGCCGAGGAGCAACGAAGCUACGAUCGAGAGGCAGAUAUCAAUUCACUACCACCCGGCUCUCGACAGAAGCGCAGGAAAGAGUACGAAGCAGAAGAUAGACAGUGGGCUUUUCGUCAUGAUACAGCUCGUGAAAAACUUCGACGUCAGGCUGAGGAAAAGAGACGAUAUGCUGCGGUACAAGCCCAGAUGGCUAGAGAGCAGCAACAAAGGAGCCUUGAGUUCGUCCGAGAGCAGCAACGCAAGUUGAAUUUUCAGAUCCAGCAGGGAGAUGCAAAUGAUAGGCGCCAGGACUCCAUUCGCAGACUGACAGAGAGGCGGCAUGAUUCAUUUUUGCGAGGGAUAGAUUCAUUCUCAGAAAAGGAGAGGAGGAUUGCAGGCUGGGAUAGCCUGUAGGUGCUGGUUUCCAUAUUAUCUGCAAAUACACAUUCGACAAUGUAAAAAAGCGCUUCAGGAAGUCUGCAUCCUGAACGAAUACCCUAAAAACUGAUCAUCAGGGCUUACAGAGCCUGAAGACACGCCCUGGCCCCGCGCCUUUUGGGAGCACGAAACUGAAGAGCAGAAGAAUUCCCCUGGCCCCCUUUCGGAAUAUUGGUGUGGUAGCCAUCCUCAUUAAUCGGCUCCGGCG